AACUAUUUAAAUGAAUCGUCCAAUAUGGAAAUCAUUAAUCUCACUUUCGAUAGCGAAAGGUUCAACAAAACAUCCCUCCCAAAAACUAUAUUAGGAGCCAGGGUUCAAAAUGAAAUCUUUUCUGCUAGUUUUGGCUGUAGUGGUUGGCUGCCAUGGUCAGGGAGGAUUUCGAGGGUACUUUUAUCCUAAGCCAAGUAUUCCCUUUCGAGAAGCACCCUGUCCAACGCAGUACCGAACGCAGAUACUCACUCAAACCGUUCAAUAUCCGAUAUAUUACACAUCAACAGUGCAAUAUCCAGUUUACUUCACAUCUACUGUAGUUGACCAGCAGUAUCUCACCGUGUAUUCUACCCUCAUUCAACCUGUGACUCAAUAUCAAACUAGAACUAGCACUCUGGUGAUUCGCCCUAGCCCUGUGACGCAGUAUUCAACCCUGGUGUCCACCGUAACGGUUUUGAGCUCUGUUCAGGAUGAAAGCCGCCCACCGCCAGUUAACAACGCCUAUCUCCCACCAGUGUCGGAGGUCAGUGACGAAGCUCGUGAAACACCUUGUAAUGAAUAUCUGCCUCCAGCCGCCGUUGGAGAUGCUCGAGGAAGCUCAAAUGGAGCUAAUAUUCUAAGCUCAGACUUCGAAAGCUCGUCUGGUAGCAGUGGAAGCAGUGUUCGAGUGGCACCAUUCGGACGGCAAUCGGUCCAACUCAACUUAGGAGCUUUGCCUCCCGUACAAUAAUGUGUAAGAUCUUGAAUGCAAGUGGGACCUAGGAAGUUGUGUGGAACACGAGUGAGUGAAUGUGUGAAAGAUUAGAUUUGAAAGCAAAGAACGUAGUAUUAGCUUUGAUUUAUUUUUAAAAUCACUGUUUUGUUACAAGUUUAUCUAUGAAAUUUAAUAAAUUUCAACUUUUUUAAUAAGUGAACGAUA